UGUUUCACGGUACUAAUGAAAACUCAUGUGAGUUACUUUGCGAGUUUUUUGGCAAUCUCUUGCUUCGAGAUCGGUUUCAUCUCUCCAACGUUCAUAGCGGACUCAUAUUCCCUGAGCGCUCAGAUUUAUUCUGGUUUCGUUGAGAUAUUCCAGCUUGUGGGAUUGUUUGUGGUAGGACCACGCCUGAUCCUUGGUGUUCGAGAAUAUCACGCUGAGCUCGUGGCCAACUCUGAUACGGCAAGCGCUAUGGCUUCAAUUGCUUUUGAGGAGCGCGUCCAUGUGUCAACUAGCAGUAGUGUGUAGUGCAGGAGAUGCUCG